UGAACACCUGCUCUUCACUGCGAACAUUUAGCUCAUCACUAGAUAUUAUAUCAAUGAGCUGAUUGGCUGGAAGCAACAUGAACUCUUCACUUUCCAUCACCUGUUCAAAGUGAGAACACGUGCUGCAGGUGAUGUCCAUGACUACAGGAAGGAUCUGGGAAGAGCUCAGCGCCUACAGUGUGAACUCUGAUGCAGGUAUUUUGGGAGUCAAUGGAGUCAGAAGGACCCCCAGAAUCAGAAAGUUCAGAAAAAUCAGAAUUUUUCUCACAGCAAGAAGAAGAAGACGUUGAAGAAGAAGAAGAGGAGGAGGAGGAGGAGGAGGAGGAGGAGGAGGAAGAGGAGGAAGAGGAAGAGGAACCAGGCUCCCUUAACCCUCUCUUACAACCUGUUCUUACAGGGGAUGUAGAAGGUUUGCAGAAGAUUUUUGAAGACCCAGAGAACCCUCAUUAUGACCAGGCCAUGAAUCUCCUCUUGGAAGAGGACAUUGUUGGGAGAAAUUUGUUAUAUGCAGCUUGCAUGGCUGGGCAAAGUGAUGUGAUUAGAGCUUUGGCCAAAUAUGGUGUGGAUCUGAAUGAAAAAACUGCCAGAGGUUAUACACUCUUGCACUGUGCUGCAGCCUGGGGUCGUCUGGAGACGUUGAAAACGCUGGUGGAACUGGAUGUCGACGUGGAAGCUCUGAACUUCCGGCAGGAGAGUGCCCGGGAUGUUGCUGCUCGCUACGCGCAGACCGAGUGCGUUGAAUUCCUGGACUGGUCAGCUGCAAGGCUGGCUCUGAAGAAAUACAUCACAAAGGUCUCUGCAACUGUUGCAGAGUCAGAAAAGGGACCAGGGAGACUCUUGAAAGAAGACAAGAAUAACAUCCUCAGUGCCUGCCGUAUGAAAAACGAGUGGUUUGAGACCCACCUGGAAGCUUCUGUGAACGAGCUUCUUGAGCAGAAGCAACAACUGGAAGACAUCGUGACUCCUAUCUUCACAAAAAUGGCCACACCACGUCAAGUGAGAAGUGCCAAAUCGGUGGUCUAAGCCAUGGCCAGAGAGGACCAAGACCACCUUUCCUGCUGAACAUAUUUCACGAAAAGCCUCAUUUUCUUCUAGCACGUGUGAAGGAGACCUGUUCGUGACCAUCACAGCGGAGGAAAUAGAUGUGGGCUUUUAGAGGAAUGUUUAAGUAGGAAACUGAAUCACCCCCGUUCUGUUUUACCCUCGUCCGCGUGCUCACGUCAGACCCUGACCUUGACUGUCCCCAGUCCUGUGUGAGUUCCCGUGCUCCUUCCGGAGAGUAAUGGGUGUGAAUCCCUCCCAGAAACCCUCUGGAAGCUUUAAAAGCUGGUUAGAGAAUCUAAAAAUUGUCUGUAUAACUGAGGCAGAAAAUUUCUAUUCAGUUGGAGAAUUCUAUUAAAAAGAGACACGGUGGCUAUUUCCAGAGGAAAGAAUUUGUUCUCCGUCUCUCAAAAGGAAGGCUGUGGGGUGGCAUUCUGGAGCAAGGAAGUCUUAAGGAUAGUUUGGGUCAGCACACUCCGC